UGCAUAGAGGUUAAGGGAACAGAGACAGCGGAAGCUGCUGUAUUUUAUGUUACGGAUUGGAUCGGAUUGAACAUUGGCGGCGGACGAGGACAUUUUUAGCGUAUACUGCAUGAUGGGGGCGGCUGGCGCCACGGCGUUUUUUUUCUUAUUGGUGUUGCAUUGGAGAUGCAACAUUUUUGUAUAUGUAGGUAACCUACCUGGUUUAUGGGUGCGUGCGCAACGGGAGUACAUGCAAGGGGGGGAUCAUCCGAAAUACUCUCGCAGUCGGAACGGAUUAGAUCACAUCGAUAUGGGAAGAUUGGUUGGUUGGUUGGUUGUACUACCAAAUCAUGAAUUGAUAUACAAUUUAACCUCUGUAGCACGUUGCCAUUGAUAGCGAGGACUUGGUUUAAGACUCAUUAUUUUAUUAUCCCACGCGGCUUGGGGCGUGGAGUGCGUAAUGUUUAG